UCGGUCGCCAUUUUUAUUUUACUCACCCAGGUCAGAUCCUAGUUCUCGGUGAAGCUGCUGACGAACUUAAAUCGACAAUGUUGUCAAGAUUAGCUCUGCGAAACGUGGCAACACGUUACCCAGCACUGGCACGUGUGCAAUCAUCAUCAGCAGUUGAACCCCAAAGACGUUCACGUCCUCUUCAUCCGGACCCAGUUCGUCAUGGAUUCAUUCCCGAGGAAUGGUUCCAAUUUUUUUACAAUAAAACUGGUUACACUGGUCCAUACAUGUUCACCUUUGGGCUGUCAACUUACUUGAUAUCAAAGGAAUUCUACGUGCUGGAGCACGAGUACUACACAGGUAUCGCGUGUCUGCUGAUGAGUAUUAUCUUAGUGAAGAACCUUGGUCCGGGUUUGGCCAAGUACUUGGACAGUGAGAUGGACAAGGAGGAAGCGGAGAUUAAGAAAACUCGUGAAGAUGACUUGCACGCCAAUGAGGAGGCAAUAAAACACGAACUCCGCGAGCAGUGGCGAUCAGAAGCACAGAAGAUGAUCAUGGAUGCCAAGAAAGAAAAUAUUAAAAUCCAGCUUGAAGCAACUUACCGUGAACGGGCUUACAAUGUUUACAAUGAGGUGAAAAAACGAUUGGACUAUCAAUUACAAAUCGCAAAUGUCGAGCGCAGAAUAGCUCAGAAACACAUGGCCCAAUGGAUCAUAAACAAUGUUGUGAAAUCCAUAACUCCAGAGCAGGAGAAGGCGGCAUUAGAACAGUGCAUCAGUGAAUUACAAGCUCUCGCACCACGAUCAUAAAUUAAACCAACUAUUGUUAUGUAAAAUUGUAAUUUAAUCAUUAAUAACCCGGUCAAGGUCAUGGGUUACUACUGAAUAGAUGAAAAGUUUAUUAAAAAUGCAAAUAGAAUUAACGACAUUUUUUUUAAUUUUUUUUUUUUUUGUUUAGUUUAUCAAUUAGUAGACUAAACAUUUAUCAUUGUAAAAUGUAAAUUUCGUCUAUUUAUAUCUAUCAAUAUUUUUAAUUGACACUGUCAUACUGUCGGUAAUUAAUGAUCAAUAAAGAUCCUGAUAGACAGUGA